CCUACUCCCUCUACCCCCCAGAAACUUCAGGAGUCUUCUGUCAGAUGUUGCAGAAGAAACGCAGACAGCUAGUGGCCAGAAUCUGAUCCCAAUUUGUCAUUUUUUCCCCCUUGGUGUCAGUUUCACAGCCAGCUUUAGAGAACUUUGAGGACUGUUGAGUAUCUGAAAACUUAGACAUGGAUGGAUGAUCUUCAACUCUUCAGAGAACCAAAUUCUUCCUUCCAUCUGAAAAAAGUUUUGGCUGUUGGAAAUAUCUCAGUGAGCCCUGCUUGAAAGAGACUCUCUUGUGUUCCACUUCCAAGCAUGAGGGUGAAGAACUUUGAAGCUUGGGAUUAUGUUGUGUUUGCAGGUCUCUUCGUCAUUUCCUCUGGAAUUGGCGUGUUCUUUGCCAUAAAGGAGAGAAAAAAGACAACAUCUCGGGAAUUCUUAGUAGGAGGAAGGCAAAUGAGCUUUGGCCCUGUAGCUUUGUCUCUGACAGCCAGCUUCAUGUCAGCUGUCACUGUCCUGGGGACUCCUGCUGAAGUCUACCGCUUUGGGGCAUCCUUCUUCCUUUUCCUCAUUUCAUAUGUAUUUGUGGUCUUUUUCACAUCUGAGCUCUUUCUUCCUGUGUUCUACAGGUCUGGCAUCACAAGCACCUAUGAGUACUUACAGCUACGAUUCAACAAGCCAGUUCGAUAUGCAGCAACCAUUAUCUACAUCGUACAGACGAUUCUCUAUACUGGAGUCGUGGUCUACGCCCCUGCUCUGGCUCUCAACCAAGUGACUGGUUUUAAUCUAUGGGCCUCUGUGUUUGCAACAGGAAUCGUUUGCACAUUCUACUGUAGUUUGGGGGGUUUAAAAGCAGUGGUGUGGACAGAUGCAUUUCAGAUGGUUGUCAUGAUUGUGGGCUUCUUAACAGUCCUUAUCCAAGGAUCAAAUCAUGUUGGUGGCUUCAACAAUGUGUUAGAAAAAGCAGGAAACGGAUCCCGGCUACACAUUGUUGACUUUGAUGUAGAUCCUCUAAGACGGCACACUUUUUGGACAAUUACAAUAGGAGGAACUUUUACUUGGCUUGGAGUCUAUGGAGUGAACCAAUCAACCAUCCAGAGAUGCAUCUCUUGCAAAACAGAAAAGCAUGCUAAGCUUGCCUUGUACUUUAACUUGUUGGGUCUCUGGAUAAUUGUGGCGUGUGCCGUCUUCUCUGGCUUGAUCAUGUACUCCCACUUCAAGGAUUGUGACCCUUGGACUUCUGGUGUUAUUUCAGCACCAGACCAGCUGAUGCCAUAUUUUGUCAUGGAGAUUUUUGCAACUAUGCCAGGGCUGCCAGGACUUUUUGUGGCUUGUGCCUUUAGUGGAACUCUGAGCACAGUGGCUGCCAGCAUCAAUGCCUUAGCAACAGUGACCUUUGAGGAUUUUGUCAAGAGCUGUUUUCCACACCUCUCCGACAAACUGAGUACCUGGAUCAGUAAAGGCUUAUGUAUCCUUUUCGGUAUUAUGUGUACCUCCAUGGCUGUGGUUGCAUCCCUCAUGGGGAGUGUUGUACAGGCCCCCGGCAUAGUCUCACAAGAGAGAGCUAUAACUGGGUCCUUUCAGCGAAAUCUUGCUAGUGUAUGCUAUGGUGUCAGCAUUUGGAAGCUGAUUAUGGGUGCUCUAGGAGGACUUCUUACUGGAAUCACGUUGUCAUUCUGGGUGGCCAUUGGAUCUUUCAUUUACCCUGCACCAGAAUCCAAGACAUUACCUUUACCUCUAUCAACAGAGCAUUGUGUAGAACUAAAUAUAACAACAACAGUAGCCCCACAGAUUUCCAGCAGACCUGUCCUAGCUGACACAUGGUACUCACUCUCCUACCUUUACUUCAGUGCUGUGGGCUGCCUGGGAUGUAUCGCUGCUGGAAUAAUCAUCAGUUUCCUCACAGGCAAGCAAAGAGGCAAAGACAUUGAUCCACUUUUAAUAAGACCUGUUUGCAAUUUAUUUUGCUUUUGGUCUAAGAAAUACAAAACUCUGUGCUGGUGUGGAGUUCAGCAUGACCGGGAAACAGAGCAGGAUUACCUUGACAGUGGCAGUGCCUGGAAACAAGGGGUUGAAUCUGGCCUACAGAAUGGACUCAAGCAAGACACCUUGGCUCAGAUUCCAGGCUACAACCCUAAAGAAAAAAGCUACAGCAACAGUGUGCCGGAGAAGACCACUUAUUUCUAGGACAAUACAUGCGACAGAUAUCUUUACACACAUGCAUGCAUGUACUUCAUGUCACUUCUUGUUAUAGCCUUGUGUACAGAUUCUUGUCAGAAAAGAGGGAUGUCCAGUACCUAUUUAUACUUAUUUAUAGAAGUGAUAUGACUCAGGAUGUUCUUUGGGAAGACCAAAUUCAGGUGAGAAAAAUCAGCUAAGGCCUGAAGUGCUUCGUGCCACAUAACUCAACAGGACUGAGUUUGAUUGUGAUGAAAGGAGUUAAAGUUUCCUUGAUUCUUGUCAAAUUAGAACUCUGGGUUUAUUGUCUAUUUAUUUGUAGGCUUUUGUUUUGUUUUGGUGCUGAGAAUUAAGCACAGGUCCUUGCUCUUGCAAAAUAUCUGCCUGACCACUUACCCUAGUCUACCUUCUAAAGUUUUAACCAUCAGAACAUCGUGGUGAGUUAGAGGACAAACAUAAAUGGGAAUCUGCACCUUCAAUGCUGCUCUGACAAGGCUGAUAAAAUAGGAAUGACAUCUUCUCAAAGCUCACAUCUCACAUGUAUGUCGACAUGUAGACAGAACCAUGCCCACCUUGUGGCCACAGCUAGAACACUUUACUUCUCUGAGUAUCCUCACAGUGCCUCUGUUAUGCAUUCCAUUAGUCAUUUCUGCUGAGCUAUUAUGACCACACUUUAAGGGCAAUUGCACUAAAUACAAGGGGAGAAAAAUGAGUUUUCACAGUGGGAGCCAUCACAUAUAAAUAUACUAUUCACUUUGUGUUGUUAAAGCAAUGUUUCUUAAUUUCUGUCAUUUAAAAAUGAUAAAUUGGAGCUGGACAGAUGGCUCAGCAGUUAGGAGAACUUGUUACUCUUCCCAAGGACCUGUGUUCAAUUCCCAGCACCUAAGUUGAGUAGCUUAUAACUGCCCAUAAUGGUAGCUCUCGAGGUAAUCUGAUAUCUUUUUGUGACCUUCCUUGACAUUCACAUUCCUGUGCACAUACUUGCACAUAGAUGCAUAUACAUAAUAAAUAAUUAAAACAUUUUAAGUGGAAAAAGUCUAUGCAUAUCCAGAAGUUAAGAAUCGCAUAUACAAAGUUUAAUAAAGGGGAAGUCGGGAAGUCAUGCUUUAUUGAAAGCUGUGAGGUCAGACAGUAUAUUUUAAACGAACCCUGAAAGAACAUAUCAUUUACAGCAGAGAUCAUUAGCCAUAGAGUCUUACAAAUUAUCCAAAGAACUCAUCCAGGUCACAUAUGCAAGCUUAAGUCACACCCUCAGAUGCAAGCACUAUAUUAGUUUUAGUCUGUAUAACAACUUCAAAGUUCUGGAGCAGAACUCAUCCAAACUGAACAAAUAUGCCUUUAUGUAGGAGCAGAGGGAAAUUUGAAAAAAACCAAAAAAAAACCCCAAAAAAAUCCAAAACCAUAUUGUACAGGUCUGGGAACUGUAUUAGUCGUGUGGUGAAGUGGAAGAAAACUACGAAGUGUACAGUCAAUUGGCUCAGCAAGUACCAACAUCUUCCUUUCCUUACUCUCAAAAUGGCAGCUCAGGAUGGUGUUACAGGGCCACAUUCAGUGUAAAUGGAUUAAAUAUGGGUCUAUUUUGCCAUAGAGUGUCCGGAGACUUCUCAAUACAUUGUUGUGUGAGUGGUGAGAUUCUAGACAUGGAAACUAGCCUUUGUGCCUUUUGUGCAUGAUUGUAGACUCUGGUGAGGAUAAGAAUGUCUAUUUCACUAAACUCAUUUAGAUGAUUGACAUUUGUCAUUUUUUGGACCAAAAAAGUAUAGUUUCUUGGUUGACAGAAGGUAUCUGAAUCAAAUGGCUUAGACUCAAACAUGAGUUCUAACAGAAAUUAUCUGGUUGUUUGGAGGAAAGACUUUAAAAGUAUUAGCUUAUUUUCCAAUUAAAAGGAAUAGAAACUAUUUUUAUUUAAUGGAAUUAUUGUGAGAACUUAACCCAGUGACUGGCCAAUUGCCAUUGUGUAGUGCAUGAAAAACUGGUGUUCAUUUUGACUGAAAUUGUUUCACCAUUUCUCUUUGAUGGCAUUGACUUCGAACAUGUUUUACUAGGGUGCUGUGAAAAAAAAAAAGAACUGAUAAGAUAAAUAUAGUUACAAGUCAAAAACAAUGUCCUGAAUUCCCAUGCUCUGGAUUUUAUGCUAGAGUAUCCAUAAAACAUCAUUAAAAUGUCCCACAUUUUCCAAAAUGGGAUGGAUCUUAUCAUAUCCACAAGUUCAUGACUGGAAACAACAUGCUCUAUUGUGGUUCAAGUCUUACACUGGUAAAUUCUAACCUUAAGCAAACAUCCCAAACUACGUUAGUAACUCAGUACCCAGAAGCGAGGGUGAAUCUUAAAAGAGGCAGGGCCAUGGGGUUUACUUUUGUGUAAUUUAAACAGCAUUUUUUGCAUAAUUUUACUAUCUUGUGACUACAGUGCUUCAACAAGAAUAGCAAAGCCCACAAGCUGUGAUGCUUUCACACAGUAUUUAAAAACAAGUAUGAGCAAAAUGUUUUAUAACUUGCUCAGAACAUCAGAAAAUACAAUGCAUGUCAUGCAAAGUCUGAGCUUUCUCUCAUCUGUUCAGAUUUUUUUUUUUCAGGAUAGUUUAGAAAAAAUUCAGAAUUUGUAUAGUGUCUGUUUGUAUAUUUACAGAUUCCAUGUAUUUCAAAAUCAGUUGUAGCUUUCGAUUAAUAGAUCACUGCUGGGUUAUUUCUAUUUAUAGUUCUUGGAAAGAUUAAGUGCUACAGUUUCAUACUACUGAGGAAGUCAAUAAAAAUUCGCAAACAUGUAAAUGACACUCAAAGGUGUACUUUUCCAAUACAUUAUUUUUGGGGUUUGAUGUAUCAGAAGUCUUCAAAAUAGAUUUACACUCAUUUAUAUAUAGCUACUUAAUAGAAAUAUAACUGUUUGGUUUCGAACCCAGGGACAAGGGACUGAAUAAAGUGCUUAUUUUACACACCAA